AUGCUCGCCUUCAAGCAAAUCAUCCUCGCCACUCUCGGAUUCGUCGCUCUGGCCUCCGCUGCUACUUGCAAGACUGACGCCGACUGCGAAUACACUGGCCAGAAGUGCGUGAUCCUGGAAAACCAGCCAGAACUUGUUCUGCACACAGACGCAUGGCUUUCGAUCUCCCUCUGCAACUUCAAUCGAGCCUCUACUUCGGGGACUUGGGCAAUGAGGGUUAUGUAUGUGGUGGGACUCAAGGAAUGA